AAGCCUCACCACCAGGUCAAUAUUGCACGAGAAGCCACUUCUUGCAUGACGAGGUAGAAAAGCAAUAAGGCAUGAGAAAUUGCUGUUCCUACCUGAAUCUGCUGCCUGCCAAUGAUGCCAGUUGAUAUGACGCACAAGCAUUUCAGCCACCGCCGAUUCCGACACUCUCUCUGGCCCGAGCCCUGCGAGCACUGUCACAGUUCCUCACCUCAGCCUCUCCAAAAACAAAGUCCUGCCAAGGCUAGAACGAAGCGGGGGGUGAACCGCGGUGCCCUCAAAUCUCCUGCUUCUCUUGCUUUCCGUGAAUCCAGAGACUGGCUGGCAUUGCUUUGGGCGUCGUUGUCCCAGGCCGUACUGUCACUAUGAGCAUUCGGAUAAAUGCGACGGUCCAGGAGGCCCGAACAGCUGCAAACCACAGCCAGGAGCAAUGGGACCGUUUUUACUUUAUAACAAAAGACGAGGCGAGGCAGCUUGCUGAGGCGCAUCCAGACUGGAAAAGAUGGAUCCUCAUCCCCGCGAACGAAAAGGAACAAAUGCUGGAGAGGAUCAAUGCCCGACUAAGUGCUGAAGGUAUUCCGCCAGUCGAGAUGAUUAUUUUGAAGUGGCGCGUGUCGCAACUUCUCCGGGAUAUUCAACGCAAGUACGCUAACCUCGACGACUGCACAGAAGCAGGCAGCAUGCUACAAGGAAUACCAGGUACGAGUUUAGGGUCAGGGCCGGGUUCGCCAAUACAUGUUCACACUGCCCAAGUACCUUCAGACGGUAGCGUAAAGUCUUCGAGCCCACAGCGAACCGAGUAUUCGCCAAGCGAGACUCGCCCAUACGAUCCAAUACGAGAUGUUUAG